AUGGAGACAGGGGAGGAAGAGACGGAGGUGGACGUGGGGACCGACGAACUCGUCGACGCGGCGCCAGUCGUCGAGUCGCCAUGUCACUGCGAGGAACUUGCCACUAUCUCGCGGGGGCUGCUGCGCUACGCGCCGGGUUGUAAAGGUUUGCCACGGGACGGCGGCGGUAGCGGUGGCGGCGGCAAUACGGCUUAUACGGACAGUAGGGGUUGCAGACCCAAGACGCGAAGGAGUACGUUUCAGUGCCGUUGAGUUCUGCAAGUGGUAUUCUUCGUGUC